AUGGGUCUCGCGUUCACGAAGAUAUGGCAGCGCAUGAUCGGGAAGCAGGAGAUGCGGAUUUUGAUGGUCGGCUUAGAUGCAGCCGGUAAAACCACCAUUCUCUACAAGCUGAAGUUAGGCGAGGUGGUCACCACCAUCCCUACGAUCGGCUUCAACGUGGAGACCGUGGAGUACAAGAACUUGUCAUUCACCGUGUGGGACGUUGGUGGCCAGGACAAGAUUCGCCCCCUGUGGCGCCACUAUUACCAGGGGACGAAUGGCCUGAUCUACGUGGUUGACAGCAACGACCGGGAUCGCAUCGAAGACGCACGCGAGGAGCUCAACAAAAUGUUGAAUGAAGACGAGAUGCGUGACGCGGUGCUCCUGGUCUUUGCGAACAAGCAGGACCUGCCGAAUGCGAUGACCGCAGCAGAAGUCACCGAGAAGCUCGGGCUGCACAACCUGCGACAUCGCCAGUGGUUCAUCCAGUCCGCUUGUGCUACCACAGGAGACGGUUUGUACGAGGGUCUCGACUGGCUCUCGCGGUGGGCCGAACCCAAGGCAGAAGAGCUUCGAAAGGCGAUGCUCGAGGUCGUGGCAGGUGGCUCCGAGGUCGAGGAUCGCACCGCUCGCGCCUGCCAGGAGGUGCACGAUCACUACACCAUCGACUUGCUGGCUGCGGAAGCGAUAAAACUCUUCGAGACGACUGCUCAGCUGUCCUUGAUACCGGGCGCUGCCGAAGGCCUGGGCCCUCCGCCAGCCUUUUGGGGAAGGCAAAAGAAGCAGAAAGGUUCCAUGGAGUGCUUCAAUGGCCUCUUCGCGAAGCGGCCAAAGCUCGUGCAGCUGCCCGUGACUCCGGGCAAGGUGCCCAUCUUCGUUAUGCUGCAGCUCGACUGGCUCUCCGAUGACGGCCAGGCGCUGCGGUACAAGGAGGAUCUCAAGCGCCAGUUGACGGCUGCCAAGACGGCCGGGCUCAAGGGCGUGAUGGCCGACGUUUGGUGGGGCCUUUGUGAGCCAAAGCCAGAGGACUAUCACUUCGGUGGUGCCCUGGAGCUCUGUAACCUUUUGAAGUCGAUAGGGCUGGAGCUGCAGGCGGUGAUGUCCUUCCACCAGUGCGGUGGCAACGUGGGCGACUCCGUCAGCUUCCCCCUUCCGGACUGGUGCCUGAACAAGGCCAAGAGUGGAGGCUUCCUUUACAAGAGCAAGUGGGGCGUAACUUCCGAAGACUGCCUCUCUUUGUCCGCGGAUCGGCAGCAGAUUUUCCCGACCGCGGCCGGGGGCACGCGCACCGCGCUCCAGUGCUACCAGGACUUCAUGGCCGCAUUUCUCAAAGCCAUGGGCAACCAUGUUGGGUCCACCAUCUGUGAGCUUCAGGUUGGUAUGGGCCCUUGCGGCGAGCUGCGCUACCCAUCCUACCUCAUGUCGAACGGCUGGAACUGGCCAGGUGUGGGGAUUGCCAUGGCCUACGACAAGGGCAUGCUGCAGAUGCUCAAGGAACAGAGGGUGUUGUGCAAGAAAGUCCAUGUGAGUGGCCAACGUGCUCACAGAAUUGACGCUUGCUUUUCUGGACACAGGCCUACAGUCUUCAAUCUAGCAUCUUCAAUUCUUGACACAGUGUGUCGUCGCCCUGAUGGGCGUAAGCAUGCUUAG